AUGGCAGCCUCUUAUCUGCGAAGCACGACGAUUCCUCUCAGCGGCCUGAAGCGAUUAGCAGUGCGACCAUCUGUGGCCACAACAUGCCUCGUUGCUCGACGAACAAAGGCCUCGCUCGCCCAGGAUGGCCAGCAACAGGAGAAAAACAGACAGAAGCACUUCAUCAACCUCAUUCCGUCAGAAAACUUCACUUCCCAAGCUGUGCUAGAUGCUCUGGGGAGUGUCAUGCAGAACAAGUACUCUGAGGGCUAUCCUGGCGCCCGCUAUUACGGUGGCAACGAGUUCAUCGACCAGUCCGAGAGACUUUGCCAGCAGCGAGCUCUGGAAGCAUUCGGCCUGGAUUCCAAGUCUUGGGGAGUCAAUGUCCAAGCUCUUUCUGGUGCCCCGGCCAACCUCUAUGUGUACUCAGCACUUAUGGAUACGCAUGAUCGACUGAUGGGCCUCGAUUUGCCUCACGGUGGACAUCUUUCUCACGGCUAUCAGACACCAACUAAGAAAAUAUCCGCAGUGUCCAAAUACUUUGAGACUCUACCUUAUCAACUAGAUGAGCGUACCGGCUACAUCGAUUACGAUAACCUUGAAAAAAUGGCCACUAUCUACCGACCCAAGAUCAUCGUUGCCGGAACCAGCGCCUACAGCCGCUUGAUUGAUUACAAGCGCAUCCGGGACAUUUGCGACAAGGUCAACGCUUACAUGGUGGCAGACAUGGCGCAUAUCUCUGGUCUUGUCGCCGCCAAGGUGUUGCCUGGCCCCUUCCCCUUUGCUGAUAUCGUCACUACCACCAGCCACAAGAGUCUUCGAGGCCCCCGAGGAGCACUGAUCUUCUUCCGCAAGGGCGUACGAAGGCAGAACCCAAAGACAAAGGAGGAUGAAAUGUACAAUCUUGAGGGCCCAAUCAACAACUCCGUGUUUCCGGGUCACCAGGGCGGUCCCCACAACCAUACCAUCACAGCUCUUGCCGUGGCAUUGAAGCAGACCCAGACCACCGAAUUCCACGCAUACCAGUCCCAAGUGUUGGCAAAUGCUAAAGCUUUUGCUAAGCGCCUCGGAGAUGAGAAGGGUAAGGGCGGUCUUGGAUAUAGCCUUGUCAGUGGCGGUACCGAUAACCACCUGGUUCUUGUUGAUCUCAAACCCCACGGCAUCGACGGCAGCAGGGUAGAGCGUGUUUUGGAACUGGUUGGCGUUGCCGCAAACAAGAAUACCGUGCCAGGUGAUCGAUCAGCUCUGGUGCCUGGCGGUCUUCGGAUGGGUACGCCCGCCAUGACCACUCGCGGAUUCCACGAGGAUGACUUUGUACGAGUGGCCGAUGUUGUUGACCGAGCCGUCACCAUCGCGACUCGUAUCAACAAGACAGUCAGAGCGGCAGCAGAGGAGCGAGGCGAAAAGUCGCCUGGUAAACUCAAGCUUUUCGUAGAUCAUCUUGGCAACGGGGACAGGGAUCCAGAGAUUGUGCAGCUGAGGAGCGAAGUUGCGGACUGGGUAGGCACGUAUCCUCUCCCCUGGGACUCAGCUGAGUAG